CCCAAUUUGAAGCCUAUCUGCAAGAGGAGCUGAAAAUUAAGCGGGUGCUGCAUAAUUACCACGAUUCCAGGGUCCAUGCUUGCUUGUAUUUCAUCGCUCCCACAGGACAUUCUCUGAAAUCCCUGGAUCUGGUCACCAUGAAGAAACUGGACAGUAAGGUGAAUAUCAUUCCUAUUAUUGCCAAAUCCGAUGCCAUCUCCAAGAGCGAGCUGACCAAAUUCAAAAUUAAGAUCACCAGUGAACUUGUGAGCAACGGGGUGCAAAUCUAUCAGUUCCCUACUGACGAUGAAUCUGUGUCAGAAAUAAAUGGAACCAUGAAUGCUCAUUUACCCUUUGCCAUCAUUGGUAGCACAGAAGAAGUCAAGAUAGGAAAUAAAAUGAUGAAGGCACGUCAAUAUCCAUGGGGGAUUGUGCAGGUGGAAAACGAAGCCCACUGUGACUUUGUAAAACUCAGAGAGAUGUUGAUCCGGGUAAACAUGGAAGAUCUUCGCGAACAAACCCACACGCGCCAUUAUGAAUUGUAUCGGCGAUGUAAACUGGAAGAAAUGGGAUUUAAGGAUUCCGAUCCAGAUAGCAAGCCAUUCAGUUUACAAGAAACCUACGAGGCCAAAAGGAAUGAAUUUCUCGGAGAACUUCAGAAGAAAGAAGAGGAAAUGAGACAGAUGUUUGUCCAGAGGGUGAAAGAAAAGGAAGCGGAGCUGAAAGAGGCUGAAAAAGAGCUCCAUGAGAAAUUUGAUCGUCUGAAGAAGCUGCAUCAGGAUGAGAAGAAGAAGCUGGAAGAUAAGAAGAAAUCCCUGGACGAUGAAGUCAACGCGUUUAAGCAGAGGAAGACAGCUGCUGAACUGCUUCAGUCUCAGACUCAGCAGGCAGGAGGUUCACAGACACUGAAAAGGGACAAGGAGAGAAAAAAGUAA